CAAAAUGGAAAAUAUGCUGUUUUGGUUGAUAUUUUUCAUCCUCGGGUGGACCCUCAUUGAUGGAUCUGAAACGGAACAGGAUUUUAUGUGGCACUCGAGAAAAAUACCCCGGCUUGUCAGUGAGAGGACUUUCCAUCUCACCAGCCCCACCUUUGAGGCAGAUGCUAAGAUGGAGCUAAAUAGAGUGUGUGGCAUCGAAUGCCAGAAUGAACUCCCAGCUCCCAGCCUUUCUGAACUGGAAGAUUCUCUUUCAUACGAAACUGUCUUUGAGAACGGCACCCGAACCUUGACCAGAGUGAAAGUUCAAGGUUUGGUCCUUGAGCCAACUCUAAAUAUCACCACAAAAGGAGCAUCAGUUAGGAGAAAGAGACAGGUGUAUGGCACAGACAGCAGGUUCAGCAUCUUGGACAAAAGAUUCUUAACCAAUUUCCCCUUCAGCACAGCCGUGAAGCUCUCCACGGGCUGCAGCGGCAUCCUCAUUUCCCCCAGGCACGUUCUAACUGCUGCCCACUGCGUCCACGAUGGAAAGGACUACGUCAAGGGGAGUAAAAAGCUCAGGGUAGGGCUGUUGAAGAUGAGAAAUAAAGGUGGUGGCAGGAAACGUAGGGGUUCUAGGAGGAGCAGGAGAGAAGAGAAUGGUGGUGACGAAAGAGAAGGUAGCAAAGAGAAUCUGAAGGAGAGAGCCAAGGCUGGGAGAAGAAGGAAGGAAUCUGGUCGGCGUGGGCGAGUCGCUGAGGGGAGGCCCUCCUUCCAGUGGACCCGGGUCAAGAAUACCCACAUUCCCAAAGGCUGGGCUACAGGAGGGAGCGGAGACGCCGCCUUGGACUAUGACUACGCUCUUCUGGAGCUGAAGCGCGCCCACAAAAAGAAAUACAUGGAACUAGGCAUCAGUCCAACCCUCAAGAAGCUGCCCGGCGGGAUGAUCCACUUCUCGGGAUUUGAUCAUGACAGGGCCGAUCAGUUAGUCUACAGGUUUUGUAGCGUGUCCGAUGAAUCCAGUGAUCUCCUCUAUCAAUACUGCGAUGCUGAGUCGGGCUCCACUGGCUCCGGGGUCUAUCUGCGUCUGAAAGAGCCAGACAAAAAGAACUGGAAGCGCAAAAUCAUUGCGGUCUAUUCAGGCCACCAGUGGGUGGAUGUCCACGGCGUUCAGAAGGACUACAACGUGGCGGUGCGCAUCACCCCGCUCAAGUACGCCCAGAUCUGCCUCUGGAUGCGCGGAGACGACGCCCGCUGCGCUUACGGCUGACGGGAGCCCGCCCCCGGGGCGUGGAGGAUCUAAAUCGCGCAGAAAACCGGUGCUGAUUAUUGUAGCAAGAUCACUUCAUAGGUGAUGCCUGGACUUGAACCCUGUCAAUAGCAUUUCAACAUUUUUAUAAAUUUACUUUUUCAAAAUUAGAUUUUCAUACAUUUAAAAAAUGUUUAGGAACAGAUAUUGAAACUAGAUGGGCACUAGUAUAUAUUCUUCUUUACAAGAUGAUGUUUCAUUUGUGGGAAAAUUUUUGUUUCUUUCUGUUUUCUUAAAAAUUAGACACUCUUUAAAACUUAAAGCUGGUAUAAAUAAUAUGUGAUUUCUUAAUGGACUUAUUCUCAGGGUCCUACUCUAAGAAGAAUCUAAUAGAAGGCCGGUUGCAUAUUAACUGUGAAACUGCAUAUACAGAGGUAAACAGUAACAGAUUAGAAUCAGGUUAGAGACAGAAAUUCACAGCACACAUUAUAUUACUCUGAGAUGGACCCCUUCAGCUCAUGCCCUCCGUGUUUAUAUUGUUUUCUGUUGGGUCUGAGAAAUUUUAGUAGUUUUUUUUUUUAAGAAUUACAAGGAACAGCAAGCUUUAUAAACAAAACUAUCAACUAUUUUACUGCUUUAAAAAAUAUCAACUGAAGUAUUAUUUAAAAAUAGGAGAAAUACUUUGUUCUAUAAAAUAAAUCUAGUUUAAAAACAGGGAAGCUGAGACAUUUUAAGAUCUUAAGUUUUUAUUUAACUAGUAUUCAGAACAUGGACUUUUCAGGUAUGUAUAGGGAAGACAGUUCAAAGUUAUGAAUGAUCACAUAUUGGAAGCCAUUUCAUUUUAUGCUAUACAUUCUCCUCUGUAUGAAGUGUCAUAGUUUUAGACAGAGACUUCCAUAAUCUUUUUCAAGAGACGGCCUUCCAUUCUCCCCCUUGACAAAAUUCAGCUUUCUUCAUAGGCCCAUAGGCAUAUUAUUUUGAACAAUUCUCUGACUAGUAAUUUUAGAUAUGUGCUUUCUUAAAAAUGAAUAGAAUUUACAAAUAUAAUUUCUAAAAGAAGGUUCUGAUUAUUGUCCUUAGGGACCCAGUCUGGACCGUCACUCUGGCCAUCAUGGCAGCCAUGGCAAACAAGGUUCAGCGGCUGCCCAGGGGCAAAAUACAGAGUAGGCACUCAAUAGGUGUUUCUCGAAUGAACAAAUAUUUGCUGAAGGGUUGUAAAAGGGGUUCAAGCCAUUAUGUUUAAAGGGUUUUAGUGAUUUGUAAUAGAGUGCACCACAAAUUCAGGAAUUGAGGGCCUAAUUUCUGGUCUGUUCUUCCUGGCAGUUUCUAGGGUACACAUUCUCUUCUCUCAUGACACACCCAAAUCAUUGAUUCUGCCUGAGUUCAAAUUUAUUUUAUCUGUCAUUAUUUUUUUAAGAAUGAGAAGUUAUACCCUUGACUAGUAUGCAAAGGAAUAUUUGAUUGCAUUAUGAUAAAAAGCGAUUUUGUAAGUAGUAUCCAAAAUAGCUGAAAUUCAAUAUGUGUACAUUCUUUUAUAAUGUGAAUCUGUUAAAAAUCAUUCAAUAAAAAAUUUAAAAAAGUG